GCUCUCGUAUGUCAAACAAUCCGGCUCGAGCUUGUUGCCAUUAUUUUUGUCACAUGGAUUAAAAUUUUAAUUUCACAACCACCAUGCAUUUGUGAAGGUUGUAAAGAUUAUGUUGGUACAUGUUCCACUCAAAGUUGAUUCUCUACCUAACUUCUACAAAUAGAAGAUUGUGGAGGGUCUCAAAUUUAUAUAUAUACACUACCCAAACAUGCUUGAGUCAUCCAUCUCUACUCCCUCCAUCCUAUCCUAGUAAAACCCUACUCUGAUCCCAACUUGAGUGUUUGAUUUUUUUUUUUUUUUUUUUUUUUGUUGCAGUAACUUGAGUUAUACAUAAGAUAUUACAAGGGGGUAUAAGAAAUAUGCACUUGUUAUGAAUAUAUACAAUAUUGAUGGCACAAGCGUAAUCAAGCAGUAUGCUAAUUUAACUCCGGCCAUGCGUUCAACGGCCUUAUAUUCACUUACAGGAAAAACAUUAUCUUCUAAAUGUGAAUGCUUCAAGAAGAGUGGCGGUUCUAAAUUCAGGGGCACAUCAAAGAGUGUCUUUUCAGUUACUCACAGCAGUGGUAAUCAUGUUGCGGCACUAGCUUUAGCUGCAAAUCUUCAAAGAAUUCCAGCAUAUGUGGUUCACUACCACAUUGUCACUCUAAUAAUUCCAAUAAGUGGUGGUGGUUUAAUUUCUGGGGUGGUUGUUGGAGCCAAGUCAAGGAAUCCAGCCAUACGGGUCUUGGGUGCUGAGCCAAAAGGAGCCGAUGAUGCAGCACAAUCAAAAGCAUAUGGUAGACUUAUAACCUUGAGUCACACCAACACAAUUGCUGAUGGCCUUCGAGCUUCCCUGGGAGAUAUCACUUGGCCAAUUGUACGUGAUUUGGUUGAUGACAUCAUCACAGUGGACGAUGAAGAGAUUCUAGAAGCAAUGAGAUACAACUAUGAGGUACUUAAGGUGGCAGUUGAACCAAGUGCUGCAAUAGGACUUGCUGCUGUACUCUCCGAUAACUCCAAGAAAAAUUCUCGCUGGAAUUGCUCUCAAAACAUUGGGAUUGUAAUUUCAGGGGGGGGGAAUGUGGAUUUAGGUGCUCUAUGGGAAUCGCUUUCACGGAUUACCAGGACGUAAUCUUUCUUGAAGGGAGUUAACCGUGAAGCUAAAUGUUGUGUAACGCAUGGGACUUGUUAUGGGGUCAUGAUGUUCUCCUCAGUAUAUUUUCUUUUAUUACAUGUAGUUACUUCGAUGGGUGUUUACUGUUUUUUGCAUGGGUUUAGAAACACAAAGUAGUAGCAAGCAUGUUAUAGUUUU